UCCUGCACCAGGAAACAGUCCAGAUCCCGGCAGCGGCUUGACCCCGGCUCCACGCUGGCCAGGAGGAUGAAAGGCCACAGCUGGAGGCUCCUUGCCACCGGCGUUGGGCCCUCAGAGCUGCCAUCCAGGCCGGCCGCCCGGAUGGCGACCCCCGCCUCAGCCCCAGAUACACGGGCUCUGGUGGCAGACUUUGUCGGAUAUAAACUGAGGCAGAAGGGUUAUGUUUGUGGAGCAGGCCCCGGGGAGGGCCCGGCAGCUGAUCCACUGCACCAAGCUAUGCUUGCGGCUGGUGAUGAGUUCGAGACCCGCUUCUGGCGCACCUCCGACCUGGCGGCCCAGCUGCAUGUGACCCCAGGCUCUGCCCAGCAACGCUUCACCCAGGUCUCCGACGAACUCUUCCAAAGGGGCCCCAACUGGGAUCGCCUUGUGGCCUUCUUUGUCUUCGGAGCGGCGCUGUGUGCUGAGAGUGUCAACAAGGAGAUGGAGCCGCUCGUGGGGCAGGUGCAGGAGUGGAUGGUAGAAUACCUGGAGACGAGGCUGGUCGACUGGAUCCACAGCAGUGGGUUCUGGCGCUCAAGGGUGCAUUAUCUUUGGAUGUAA